UUCGUUGUUUUGGGUCGUUGAUUCAACACGUCUCAAAGUUAGCUUGCGUAACGGAUUGCGAAUUAUGACAUCCAAAGAAGUCGCCAAAUGUGAUGCGGUGGAGAGCAGGCGGCGGAGUCCUUUGGACCACCUUCCUCCACCUGCAAACUCCAACAAACCCUUAACUCCCUUCAGCAUCGAGGACAUUCUCAACAAACCCUCAGUGAAACGGAGUUACACCAUCUGUGGAACGGCGCACCUGAUUUCGUCGACUGAAAAGCAUCGCUCCUCCGGCAUCUCCCUGUCCAACCGAGCACUUCUGACCCAGACCUCUCCCCUCUGCGCCCUGGAGGAACUAGCCAGCAAAACGUUCAAAGGCCUGGAAGUCAGUGUUCUACAAGCGGCCGAAGGGAGAGAUGGAAUGACAUUAUUUGGGCAGAGAAACACCCCGAAGAAGCGGCGGAAGUCCAGGACGGCGUUCACCAAUCACCAAAUUUACGAAUUAGAGAAAAGAUUCCUGUAUCAGAAAUAUUUGUCUCCCGCCGACCGAGAUCAAAUAGCCCAACAACUAGGGUUAACAAAUGCCCAAGUCAUCACAUGGUUUCAGAACCGGAGAGCCAAGUUAAAGAGGGAUUUGGAGGAGAUGAAGGCGGACGUGGAAUCGGCCAAGGCCGUCGGUAAUGUACCUUUGGAGAAACUCGCCAAACUCGCGGACCUGGAGAAAUGCGCAAAUGGAACGCUUGGUCACUCGCGAAUGGAGUCCCCCGCGCAGAGCGGCCAACAAGAACACGAGCUAGCUCACAAACUGCGGAUGUCCCCCAUGUCGCCAUUUUCAGACCACACAACAAGUAAAGAAUGCUCGGAGGACGAAGACGUGGAAAUUGAUGUGGAUGACUGAUUGCUCAGUACUGAAAGACUUAUAGGACAAAUAGACAGUAGCGGUUGAAUGCCACGAUUGUAACUU